AUGAAUGACACGGAUGAUAAGGCUGCUGUCGACGGCCAGCUACGUAUAGGUCUCAAGGAGCAGCUCGAGAUUACCCAACAAGGAAUGUCCAGUAUCAAUGAUGGUCAACAUACUGUCAACUUGAUCAAGGAUGAGAUGAUCAAGAUCGAUCGCCUCUGCGUUGAGGCCCAGAAUAUGAUCCAGGACUUUCCUUUCGUCGAUAAAGUUGCACAAACACAUCGCAACUUCGCCCUAGUCGAAGACAUGAAGGCACAGAUUGAGUCUUUUGGUCGCAAUCUGGACGAGCUCGAAAACUUGCUCCGUGAGGAUGAUGAGAAUACCGAGAUUCAAGACAAUCUCCUUGCUAUACAUUAUGGCCUCACCAAAUUGCGCGAUAUUCGGGACAUUGCUUUGGACUCAAUCAAAUCUUCAACCGAAGACUCUGGCACCGAACUCAUAAACAAUCUCCAGCUUGGCGAGACAGGUGCCACCUUGCAAGACCACUUCACCAGGCUGGAUGAUGUGAUCGAUUGGUUUGACGAGCACGUAGGUACCGCAUGUCUGAAUCUGAUCCCCCUUGUCCAGUCAGGCAACAAUGGCAUUAUCGUACGUUUGGCCUUGAUUGUCGAGAAAGAAGAGGAGAAAGACCGCCAGGUCGAGGCACUUCAGCAUGCCCACCGUGAGUUCAAAGACCUGGCCUCUCGCUUCAAAUCCAUGAACGCUGGUCAAAAGGAACUGCGCGGUUACAAAGACAACGUGCGUUGGUACUUCAACGAUCUCAACACCGUCAAGCUCGGCAUGCAAACUCUCAUGCCUAGAAAGUGGCGGAUCUUCAAAACCUAUGUCGGUAUAUAUCACAGGCUUAUGCACGACUUCCUCAUGUCGAAGGUUCAGGACGACCAGCUGAAUCCUCCCCACAUGCUGGCCAUAGUCCAUUGGGUCGCCAAGUACUAUGCUAAGAUGGACAAGCUUGGAGUAUCUGCCGAUCAGCUUCAUCCUCAUGUCAUAGACGACCGAGAAGCAGACAUCAUCCGUGAAUACAGAAGUCUCAUUACUAAUGCUGUGGAGCAAUGGAUGGAUCGCAUGUCGACUACUGAUCGGCAGACUUUCCUCGAGCGCAAAGAAAACACGCUCGACACAGACGCAGAGGGCCAUCUACGGACCAAGACUCUGGGCGACUUGUGGCGUAUGCUUCGUGAGCAACUUACUGUAGCGUCCUCUUCCGACAGACCCGAUGUUGUUGAAGGUGUCGUUGAGUCCAUGAUGCGUGCUCUGCAAUCAAGGCAAUCCAUGUGGCAGCAACUCAUCGAUUCUGAGACUCAAAAGUAUACUUCGCCCACAAUGCCACAGGCUGAGCAAGAAGGUCUGCAACCUCUGCAAGAUUGGCUCGUCGCGAUUGCCAAUGACCAAAUUGCAUGCAUUGACGACCAGGAAGACCAAGGGCAGAUAUCAUACCUCACAACCUUCAGACGCGAGUAUGAAACGAUAGUCACGCCAGCAUACGCACUAUCGUCCAAUACUGAGCUCGACACCUUGCGUGACGGUUAUGUCGAUCUCGACUACUUGGCCGACUACUCUGAUGUCUUGCACCCUUCUCUGAGAGAUGUUCUCGUCGAAGAGCUUGCCGACGAACUACUAGUCCGUUAUCUGUCAGCGAUUCGUAACCGAGGGGUCAAAUUCCGACGUGGUGAUCCCUUCAACGAGAAGAUCAAAGACGACGUUCUGACCGUGUUCAACUUCUUCUCGACUCAAGAGGCUUCUUUCCCUGCCAUCAAAGACAAAUGGAGAGCUGUUAAUGCCUUCGUCGAGCUUCUUAAUGCCGAGAAAGGACCCGCAGUCGCAGAUGCAUAUGAACAAUUCAAGCAGGAGAAUUGGGACCUGCAAAUUGGUUGGGUCGAGGCUGUUCUGAGAACUCGUGAUGACUGUGAUAGAUCCUUGAUAGGACUGGUCAAAGCCCGGGCUGCAGAAGUCGAAGUCGAACGAGGAAUGGAGACGGUCAUGAGCAAAGUGAGAUGA